CAGACGCUGCCGCCCGUUCGGCUCUCGGCUGCUCUCGGUUUUCCCUCUCGUGCCUCAUCGGUAUUCCGAGGCGCUCGUCGGCGCGCGCCCGCACAGUCCAGCAGCAGCGGCACGCGCAUCCCCGCCGCGCGAGGACAGGGCAUCAUCCGCAGAGCUCCGAGCCGGAACCACGCCAUGCGUCGGUAGGACCCGCUGCCAGUAGGCUGCUGUGGCGUCGCGCGAGGACCACUGCCGCCGCCAUGAAGCUGCUGUUCGUGGUGGCGCUCUUGUGGCGCGAGGCGCUGUGCGGAUCUCCGAGCGUCCAGAUCGGUGGUUUAUUCCCCAGGGGCGCAGAUCAGGAGUACAGUGCAUUCAGAGUUGGCAUGGUGCAGUUUGGGAUGGCAGAUUUCAGACUGACCCCACACAUAGAUAACCUCGAGGUGGCCAACAGCUUUGCCGUCACUAACUGCUUUUGUUCCCAGUUCUCUCGAGGUGUCUACGCCAUAUUUGGCUUCUACGACAAGAAGUCGGUAAACACCAUCACGUCCUUCUGCGAGACACUCCACGUCUCCUUCAUCACACCCUCUUUCCCCGCAGAAGGGAUGAAUCAGUUUGUUCUCCAGAUGAGGCCCGACAUCAAAGGGCCUCUGGUCUCGUUGGUCGAGUACUACAAGUGGGAAAGGUUUGCCUACCUAUAUGACAGUGAUAGAGGUCUUUCUACUCUUCAGGUUAUACUGGACACAGCAGCCGAGAAAAAAUGGGUCGUCACGGCGAUUAAUGUAGGGAACCUGAAAGAUGAGAGGAAGGAUGAAGCCUACCGCUCCCUGUUCCAGGACCUGGAGAUCCGUAAGGAGCGACGCAUCAUCCUGGACUGCGAACAAGACAAAGUCAAGGACAUCAUGGAACAGAUUAUCACUAUAGGCAGACACGUAAAGGGAUAUCACUAUAUCGUCGCCAACUUGGGUUUUGUAGACGGGGACCUCACAAAAAUCCAGUAUGGAGGUGCGAAUGUGUCUGGAUUUCAGAUAGUAGAUUUCGACGAUCCUGUGGUUGCAAAGUUUGACCAACGGUGGGAGGCUCUGGAAGAGAAGGAGUAUCCUGGAGCUGAUCAACGGAUCAGGUACACCUCAGCCCUCACCUUCGACGCCGUCCACGUGAUGACUGAGGCGUUCCGCUUCCUUCACAAGCAGAGGAUAGACAUGAGUCGUCGUGGCAACAAUGGCGACUGCCUGGCCAAUCCAGCGGUGCCUUGGGCACAGGGGGUGGAGAUUGAACGAGCCCUCAAACAGGUGCGUGUAGACGGUCUAACAGGUACCAUUCAGUUUGACCAGUAUGGGAAGAGAAUCAACUACUCAGUGACCGUCAUGGAGCUGAAGAACAACGGACCUGUUAAGAUUGGCUACUGGAACGAGGUGGAUAAGAUGGUGGUGACAAAGUCAGACCUUUACCCUAAUGACACCAUGGGGAUGGAAAACAAGACGGUCAUCGUUACAACUAUACUGGAAGCCCCCUAUGUGAUGCUGAAGAAAAACGCUGAGCUGUUUCAAGACAAUGACCGAUAUGAAGGUUACUGCGUUGACCUGGCUGCGGAGAUUGCAAAGCACUGUGGCAUACGCUACCAGCUAAGGAUUGUGGGUGACGGUAAAUACGGAGCAAGAGAUGCAGAGACCAAGAUCUGGAAUGGCAUGGUUGGAGAGCUGGUAUAUGGGAAAGCAGACAUAGCAGUUGCUCCGCUGACGAUCACUCUGGUUCGUGAAGAGGUGAUCGAUUUCUCCAAACCCUUCAUGUCUUUGGGAAUCUCCAUUAUGAUCAAAAAGCCACAGAAAUCCAAACCAGGAGUCUUCUCCUUUCUGGACCCACUGGCCUAUGAAAUCUGGAUGUGCAUUGUCUUUGCCUAUAUAGGAGUCAGUGUUGUACUCUUUCUGGUAUCCAGAUUCAGCCCCUACGAGUGGACACUAGAGGAGCCAGAGGACGGAGCAUUGCCAUUAACAACUGAAUCCAACAAUGAGUUUGGGAUCUUUAACUCCCUCUGGUUCUCUUUGGGUGCUUUCAUGCGGCAGGGUUGUGACAUCUCACCAAGGUCUCUGUCAGGUCGUAUAGUCGGGGGAGUGUGGUGGUUCUUCACUCUGAUCAUCAUCUCAUCAUACACUGCCAACCUCGCUGCCUUUCUGACGGUGGAGAGGAUGGUUUCUCCCAUCGAGAGUGCUGAAGACCUGGCUAAACAGACAGAGAUAGCGUACGGAACCCUGGACUCUGGAUCUACCAAGGAGUUCUUCAGGCGCUCCAAAAUAGCCUUGUUUGACAAGAUGUGGCAGUACAUGAAAUCAGCAGAGCCCUCCGUCUUCGUCAAAAAAACAUCAGAAGGUGUCCUGCGUGUCCGAAAGUCCAAAGGGAAGUACGCCUACCUGCUGGAGUCCACCAUGAACGAGUACAUUGAGCAGAGGAAGCCCUGCGACACCAUGAAAGUGGGAGGAAACCUGGACUCCAAAGGAUACGGCAUCGCCACGCCCAAAGGAUCCCCAUUAAGAGUGCCAGUAAACCUUGCCGUAUUGAAACUGAAUGAGCAAGGGACCCUAGACAAGAUGAAAAACAAGUGGUGGUACGAUAAAGGAGAGUGUGGCUUCAAGGACUCCACCAAUAAGGAGAAGACCAGCGCUCUGUCUCUAAGUAAUGUAGCGGGGGUCUUCUACAUCCUGGUUGGAGGUCUGGGUCUGGCCAUGAUGGUGGCACUGGUCGAGUUCUGCUACAAGAGCCGUGCUGAGGCCAAAAAAAUGAAGAUGAAAUUCACAGAUGCAAUGCGCUCCAAAGCUCGUCUAUCCAUCACAGGAUCGACCAGUGAGAAUGGCCGUGUCCCAGUGGCUUACCUCCGUCCAGGAUUACCCAUGAGCCUCAGCAUGACUGAUCUCUCCUGACCACACCCGAGUCAGUGCCUUACAGCCAGUCAAGACACAUAUUUCCUUCCCCACUGAAAGAAAAUGGAAAUUCUUGUCAUCGCCUUUGGUGACAAGUAACCACUCACCAAAGCUGAUCCGCCAUGAUUUUCAAUCUGGAGUUAUCUAUAGCCAACCAUUUCUCACUGAGGACUCCGGACCUUGCUCUUUAACAUAUAGCCUAGAAAGACUGGACAGUUGUUGUCCUACCACCACUUGGCUGUCAGGCGUCAGCAAAGACCUGCCCACCUAUGGAAUGAAUCACUUGACCAUCAGCGGGUGAUGGCUGGUCGUGUACAGUUUCAUGAAAAACAAGCACAGGGGACAGUUUUCUAAUCAAACGUGCAUCAUUGUUUAGUAGAUUUUUGGGGUUUGUUUGCUUCUUUGCCAUGGGGGCUCAUCUUGUAUAGAAGAAUUAAGACAAAAGCGAUGCUGACAUUAACGCAAUAACAGCAUUAAUCAGGGAUGUGAUCAGGAAUCAUGGGAAUAAUGCAGAAUCUGGGCUAAAAUGAGUCUUAAGUGCUAUGAACUAAAACUGAUGUCCUGAAAAUCACAUCCAUAAAAUAAUAGUAAUUGUGAUAGCAAAUAAUAAUAAUAAUAAUAAUAAUGUUAUUAUUCCUAAUUGUUUUCUUUAAUUCUGCCUGAAAAUCCCUAAUUAGUAGUCCUUUAGCAGACCCGAGAAAUGCAUGGACUGGCACAAACACACACACACACAUACACACAUUCGGUACAAGAACGGAUGCAUCUUACGCAGGGAUGGGCAAAAAAAGUGGAUGUGUGAAUUGUCAACAUUUAUGUUGCCUCGUCCUCUUACUGGGGAGGAGGUUCUGAGAACAAACUGUAAAAGAUAAGAAACAGUUUAAUUAAUUGGAAACGGCAGCCUCUCAACUCCAUCAUGCUCGAUCCUCACUCUGAUCCAGAAUAUGAAGAAUAUGAGAGUGGAGAGCAGUGAAGUAAACAGCAUGAUGUCUCCGUUUGGUUAAUAUUAAAACCAUUACCUGCUUAUCGUAUGACUUAACUUUGGAUUCAGUCUUUCAAUCACAUUUCUCAUAUCUUUUUUUUUUUAAUAUAUAUAUAUAUACAUAUAUAUAUACUGCUGUUAAUACUUGUACAUGUGAGAAAUGCACUGAAAUGCCGACAGGAAAUACAACGUCAUCCUGCUGUUGCCAAAUGACUGUAUAGUCAACCUGCACUCGCGGUUAUUUGUUUACUGUUGUAUAUUAAAUGCUUAUUAUACUAAUUGACUGUCUUGGGGAGAAGGAGCUGCGCUUUUCGAGCAGACGACCGUGUGAAAAUAAUCUGCGGAGAGAAAGUAGAAAAGACAUUGGAACCUUGUGUUCAGAUCAGAUACCUUUAACAUUCUUUGGAAGUUUGCCCAUUUUAAAUAUACAUAUAAACAUAUAUAUAUACAGAAAAUUCCUGAAUUAGUAGAGUACCCCUUUAACUAUAUGUUUAUUUUGCCUAUCCCUGUAUGUGGGCAAACACUAAUACAGCAACAAAGUCAUAUAUACACAUCCAUAAUCACCUAUUGAGUACAUCAGUGCACCCUGACAUACACUGUAUCUGAUACACACUUAUUUGCACGCGCACACACACGCACACAGUGUUGUCAUACGAGUUCGAAAAGCCAACUGGUGGAUGUGCCAAACCGACUGAGAACAUUUGAGGGCUCUCCAUGCUCAGCCAACGGCAGCUGCUGAUACUGAAACCUGAGCCAAAAGGGAGCGCUCACCGCUGUGAGGUGGAUACAAACUGUGAACAGACCCCUUUGUUUUAACAAGUAUACCGCGCCGACGACGGCAACGGAGACGAGGAGGACGGCGGGGGGGAUGAAGGGAACGUUUGCAUGUCACUUUUAGUUUUUUCUUUCAGAUGAACUUGUCAGCCUGAAGCCUUGCGCCUGGCUGCAUUUUAGUGUUUAAUGAUGAUAGUGAUGAUAAUAUUAACAAUAUUAAUUGCAGUAUUAAUGUGGUUCUUGUUAUGUAUAGUGUAUGCUUUUAAGAACUCAAGUCUGCUACUUUCUUUCACAAGGAAGCUGUUAUUUGUGCUGCUAGUUCGAAGCUAGCUGGUAAGCUGAAAAGCUUCUCUUUCAACAUGAUAAAUGGCCAAGACGUGAUAAACGCCGGGUUGGGAGAAGCUGGAAAUGUCAAGGUAUCGGCGUCCGUUUCUUCUCAUGGAUUCAUAUCGUUUUUUUGCAAUGACCACUUGUGGUAAUUAUCAGAGAUUUUUAUGUUAUGAACAAGUGAAAAUGAUUUACCACGGAACGGCUCAACAGAUAUGUCAACCACUGAGACAAAUGAGAAAGUGGUCACUCUUCACUUCUGACUUGCCUCUGGUAUUACUUCAUUUUCUAUUAAACUCAUCAAUUUUGACUGAAA